CAGGACAGCUUGUUCCAUUGAAAGUCGCACGCCAGUCGUCACAGACAGGAGAGGGCUUGCUUCGUGCUACAAACCUCGUUCACUCAUUUACUGAAUCAUUCAAUAGACGCCGCCCUGCCUUGAUCGCGGGCACUAAAUAGCUGAUCUCCGCUCAAUCACGAAGACUCCAUCUCUUGACAUAAUCCGACGACCUCUCCGCAUGGUCGUCAGAUAAAUUUGACAAUGCCGGCCAAAUCACGAUUUACACGGUUGGAUGCAUUUGCCAAGACGGUUGAAGAUGCGCGCGUUCGAACCACGUCUGGAGGAGUGAUCACCAUCGCAUCGUUGCUGGUUAUCUUCUGGCUGGUAUGGGGAGAAUGGGUGGACUAUAGGCGCGUGGUGGUUCUGCCCGAAUUGGUGGUGGAUAAAUCAAGAGGAGAGAAGAUGGAGAUCCACCUGAACAUGACCUUUCCCCGACUUCCUUGCGAAAUGUUGACCCUUGACGUUAUGGAUGUGUCAGGCGAGCAACAGACCGGCGUGGCUCAUGGCAUCAACAAAGUGCGACUGACCUCGGAGGCUGAAGGAGGUCGUGUGAUCGACGUGAAAGCACUUGAGCUCCAUUCUUCAAAAGAGACCGCUAAGCACCUUGACCCCGAUUACUGCGGCGAAUGCGGUGGUGCACCCGCGCCUGCGGGUGCCAUCAAGCCUGGCUGCUGCAACACUUGCGAGGAGGUUCGCGAGGCCUAUGCGCAAAAGCAAUGGGCCUUUGGCAAGGGAGAGAACAUCGAGCAGUGUGACCUGGAGGGAUAUGCGGAGCGCAUCGAUGCACAGCGUCGGGAAGGCUGCCGCCUCGAGGGUGUCCUGCGCGUGAACAAGGUGAUUGGCAACUUCCAUAUCGCACCUGGACGCAGUUUCACUAGUGGAAACCUCCACGUGCACGACCUCGCGACGUUCUUCGAGCCCAAUUUGGCUGAGGACGAGAAACACACGAUGACCCACGAAAUCCACCAGCUUCGAUUCGGACCCCAGCUGCCUGACGAGCUGUCAGAUCGCUGGCAAUGGACAGACCACCACCACACGAAUCCCUUGGAUAACACUCGGCAGGAGACCAGCGAGCCUGGCUUUAACUUCAUGUACUUUGUCAAGGUGGUAUCGACUUCGUAUCUCCCCUUGGGCUGGGAUCCGCUUUUCUCGUCUUCCAUCCACAGCGCCUAUGACAAGGCCCCACUCGGUGCUCACGGCAUUGCCUACGGAGCCGAGGGCAGCAUCGAGACUCACCAGUACUCGGUGACCUCCCACAAGCGAUCUCUGCGGGGCGGGGAUGCCUCCGACGAAGGUCACAAGGAGCGACUGCACGCCGCCAACGGUAUCCCCGGCGUCUUCUUCAACUAUGACAUCUCCCCUAUGAAGGUCAUUAACCGCGAGGCUCGCCCCAAGACAUUCACUGGAUUCUUGACCGGAGUCUGUGCAAUUGUUGGUGGUACGCUGACUGUGGCGGCUGCCAUUGAUCGUGGGCUGUAUGAGGGAGUCAACAAGAUGAAGAAGCUUCAUUCUAGUUGAGGAUAUUCGCAGUGCAUUCCGGAGAUCAGUGAUACGUUAACUUUAGAAAAAGAAGAAAAAAGACAAGAGACACCAGUAGAACAUCAAAAACCAAAGGGAAACCAAGCAGCUGCGCAGGAGCAUCAGCAAGGCAGGGCACUCAGGCAGUCCACCUCAGGCGUUUUCAGGUUCAUAGUCGGUACACAUGCUCAUCUCUAUUGCCAUUUUUGAUUAGCAUUAUUUUCAAUUCAGAUGAAAUUGAG